GCGCUGCACAGGUCACCUUACAGAACGCAUGAACGGCAACAGAACCUUAAUAUUUAUCUAUAAAAGCCAAAAAAGUUAAUAGUUUAGUGUAGUUUCUGCUUCGUUUCGGAACUAUUAGACGGAGCAUGUGAGGUUUAGUUUGUUGUCGUGUUAUUUUAUUCGUGACACUUGUUUUUUUCGUGUUGCUAAAGCGGUCCGUCACACAUAAAAGUUCGGCUAAUGCUACAUUCACAACAUGUCUCAAGAGGAGGUUUUCCUGGGAACAACACAAACAAACCGGAAUGAAAGCGAUGUAAACCGGGACAGGAGCAGGAGCCGGUUGGGGCUGGUCGUUACGGGGGUCGUAGGGGGGUCUCUCGUCGCCCUGUACGCGGUAACGGCCCCGUUCGUCGCCCCCGCCCUCAGGAAAAUCUGUCUCCCGUUUGUCCCAGCGACCACAGCUCAGGUGGAGAAUGUCCUGAGGGUGUUACGAACCAGGACGGGAAGUCUGGUGGACAUCGGCAGUGGAGAUGGAAGGAUAGUGAUCGCAGCAGCAAAGCAGGGCUUCCGGGCAUCAGGCUUUGAGCUGAAUCCUUGGCUGGUUUGGUACUCGCGCUAUAAGGCCUGGAGAGAAGGAGUCCGACAUUCAACAUCGUUCUACAUCUCUGACCUGUGGAAGGUCAGUUUUGCGCAGUACUCCAACGUUGUCAUUUUUGGAGUCCCUCAAAUGAUGGACAAACUGGAGCUCAAGCUGGCAAACGAGUUACCGAGUACGGCCAAGGUGGUGGCCUGCCGCUUCCCCUUCCCUACGUGGGUCCCUGAACAUACCGCCGGGGAGGGCAUCGACACCGUGUGGGUGUAUGACGCCAAGACGUUUAAAUCGGAUCUGCACGGAGAAAUGACGAGGACAGUGUCACAACAGGAAGACGCAACAGAUUCAAACACAUAAUACACACGUUUAGAGCAGGUGGACGGUGAAAUUUCUCCACUGGGAUGGACUUGAAGCGGCAGAAAGUUGGACAUUUUGGAUUUCAAUUCAAGAUUUCUGUACAAGAGAAGCUGACUGACACUGGAAAGUUGUCUUAGAGUUGUUAAAGAUUG